AACAUAUGUCACAAUGUAGACAAUCUGUAUGGUCAUGGCCUGUCAAAGUCUGUGUUGUUUGCCACAAAAAUGUAAACAUUGAAAAUGAAUGUAAAAUGUGCAAUGAAUGCUGGAAGGAAUUUAAAGGAUGGAUGAGAUCCUUUACGAGGACCGAAUGUGCUCUUACCGCUUUGCAACUAGUGCUCUUAGUUUUGUUUGUUGCUUUUUUGACUUUUCUGAUUUUACACCUUCUGGCAUGUUCGGCAGCUAAACAUUUUUAUGACAUUGAACCAACUAAAAUUACUCAUGAACCAUUUAGUACAUCAUCACAGACAAACACAACUUUAACAACUAUACCAAUUUCUUCAACUAAUCACACAACUUUAAGCUCUGACAUUGAAUGUACCUGGAGACCAUCACAGAAGACAGAUAGUGUCAUACACUAUUAUGACAAUGGUGCAAUGUCAACAUGGACACCUGAACCACCAGAUGGUGAUCUGGCAGACGAUGUUGACAAGUCCUACGUACUCGCACUUGGAAAGGUGAAUAUACAGGACAUACAGGAUAUAAUUUUUGGAUGUAUUUUGACUAUAAUAUCUGAAUACUGUACUCUUACGGCAGCGAGUUGUAUCGAAUCCAUUGAAGAGGUGGACUCUGUGGAUACAUUUGUCAUCAUAGAGAGGUACGGGGAUGGGCACAUCGGACAGAUGCAUACGGUGUCUGAUGUCCUCAUACAUCCCGAGUAUCAAGGGAUUAGUAAGAAAUACGAUGUGGCGGUUUUAAGAUCUGAAGACAGUUUGAUCAAAUACGGACAGUCCGCGGUGAAGCUGCCCUCGAUGCUGGACGCCCUCAUGAUUACCAUCGGGGAGGAGUUCAAUGUACUCGGAUAUGGAAGUCCCAGGAUUGCGAGCGGCUCGGAGGGGCGGGGCGUGGGGCGGGGCUCGGGGCGGCGCGCAGUGCGCGUGCUGGUGGUGCGCACGCUGGCGGGGGCGCAGUGCGGGGCGGGGUGGGCGCCGCGACACCUGGCGCAGGGCGCGGCGGCGGGCGCGGGCGCGGGCAGCUGCGGCGCGGCGCCGCUGUGCGCGGGCCCGGCGCGCGCUCCGCCCGCCUGCAACCAAUGCGCGGGGGCACCGCUGCUGCGGGACUCGCGGCUGGUGGGGGUGCUGGCGGCGGGGCCCUGCGGGGAAGCAUGCGGCCCCGCACUGUACGUCAAUGUUGCUACUGUUGUCGACUGUGCAGACGGCGCGAUGAACAAGGCGCUGGCGGCGUGGUCUGCCGUGAUGGCGCUGUUCACGGCGGGCACGGUGGCGGCGGCGCUGCUGCAGUACGUCGAGGACGCGGCGGGCGCCGGCGCUCCGCAGCUAGACUACCCCUAG